GUGUACAAGAUAAGCACGAACUGACCUUUACCCCGCCAUGACUCUCAACACUUUCCAUCUUGUUUUGACACUUUCUGUACCCCCAAACAUCUGAUUAUGCUAUCACUCUCCUUCAGUGUUAUACGCAACCUUAAACCCGUCCAAACAGUCAUCAUUACUUGCAGAAACAUGAGCGCUUCAACAACCCGCAUCGCCCGCCUGGGUGGCAAAGUCGCAAUAGUCACAGCGUCCACCGACGGAAUCGGGUACGCCAUCGCCAGGCGUUUGGCUCAAGAGGGGGCCAAAGUGGUUGUUAGUAGUCGCAAACAGAACAACGUCGAGUCGGCAGUCACUAAACUAAAGUCUGAAGGGCUAGAUGUGACUGGGCUGGUUUGUCACGUAGGGAAUGCAGACCACAGACAAAAACUCUUCGAUGCCGCUAAACAACUCGGGGGGCUCGAUAUUCUCGUGUCGAACGCAGCGGUCAACCCCUCAGUUGCCUCAGUUCUAGAUUGCGAGGAGAGUCACUGGGACAAAAUCUUUGAAAUAAACGUGAAAGCGUCGUACCUUUUGGCCAAGGAGGCGCUCCCUUUGUUGCGUCAGCGACCCUACGGCAGGAUUAUUUUCGUGGCGUCAAUUGCAGCGUUCCAGCCGUUUGACGUAUUAGGGGCGUACUCUGUCAGCAAAACGACUUUGUUGGGGCUCACGAAAGCGGCCGCGGCCCAACUAGCCCUGGAGAACAUCACAGUGAAUGCGUUAGCCCCGGGGAUUAUCAAAACCAGGUUUUCUGGGGCAUUGCAUGAAAACGAAUCCUCCAGGGACGAGGCCCUGUCAAGGAUCCCCAUGAACAGAUUGGGGCUUCCGGAUGAUAUUAGCGGAGCCGCGGCAUUUUUAGCGUCAGAAGAUUCCAGUUACAUGACUGGGGAGACCCUAAUUAUUUCCGGAGGGAUGCCUUCCAGGCUAUAAUUUUGUAAUUCUUGUUUAAAAUUUGGCACGGGUUGAGGUUACACUGUUUUUGUUAUUAUUAUAUUUUUACUUGAAAUAAAAACGACAAUUCAAAUUAA